ACGGGGGGUCGCAGGGGCGCUCCUCCGCCACCUAUAAUUCAUGAUCUUCCCGCACACACCAGCCCAUCAUUGCGCUUGUCUCGCCGGCCGGCCAAAGCCCAUACGACGUCGUCUUACUUUUUCUCCUGGUGUUUUGUGCUUUGCUUCAUUCUCCAUCAUUCUCAUUCCUAUUUGUGUCUUGAUUCGCGUGUAAUCUUGCUUUUGUUUCUUCGAACGCCAUUUAUUUAUUUUACUUUGGGGUUUUUCAUCCCUCUUCUUUAUUCCAUGGUCCAUGCUGGUUGGGUCAGUGGUCAGUGGACUUUUCACAAACACAUGGAUGGAUUUCCAAGCUGUAAAAGAGAAGACCCACCACCCCCAUGACCGUAGAUUGACUCAGUGGACUCUGUUUUUAAGCAUGUUUCUUGGUGUUGGACCCUUGUCUUAAAACAAUUUAUAUGUGGGUUUUUCUUCUUUCUUUUUCCUUCUUUUAUUUGUUGCUUUCUAUUUAUUGUUUGGUGUUAAAGGCAUUUUUAUCCUCCGCCCAUGGCUCCUCCGGCAGCCAAGGUUUCUGGGUUCCACCGUGAGGGUAAUGACUGGUUUUGUACUGCAAGUUUGCCAAGUGAUGUUACUGUGGUCGUAGAGAGAGUAAACUUCCACAUUCACAAGUUUCCUCUCAUAUCCAAAUGUGGGAAGAUAGAGAAAAUGUUUGAAGAAUCUCAAGGUAUUCAUGAGGCUAAAUUCACUACUUCACUAGAAGGAUUCCCUGGUGGUCCUGACAUUUUCUUGAUCGCUGUUAAAUUCUGUUAUGGUGUCCGGGUGGAGUUGACACCAAGGAACAUAAUAAUGGUGUAUUGUGCGGCAGACUAUCUAGGAAUGACAGAUGCAUAUGGAGAAGAGAACUUACUGUCUAAAUCAGAGAGUUUCUUUCAUAAAACUAUACUUCGCAACUGGAAGGAUUGUAUAUUGGCCCUUCAAAGUUCUGAUCCUGUCAUGCCUAUGGCUGAAAAGCUCCACAUAAUAAGCAAAUGUUUGAAUUCUCUAUCUAUGAUGGUUUCUACAGAUCCAAGUUUGUUUGGAUGGCCCAUGAUGAUGUAUGGCAGCUUGCAAAGCCCAGGAGGAAGCAUCCUAUGGAAUGGGAUAAACACCGGCGCAAGAAUUCGAAGCUCAGAAUCUGACUGGUGGUUUGAAGAUAUAUCAUAUCUCAAUGUGCUUUUGUUUAAGAGACUUAUUCAGACAAUGGAAGCAAGAGGUAUAAGAUCCGAAAACUUAGCGGGUGCUAUAAUGUAUUACACUAGAAAGUACCUACCAGGUCUGGGCCGGUGGCAGAGUGGACAAAGUGGCAAAACUAUGACCGUUGCAAGUUUUAGCUUGACACCUGCAGCCGUUGAUCAGAGAGUCCUGUUGGAAAGCAUUGAAAAGCUACUCCCUGAAAAGAAGGGGAAGUCCUUUUGCCGUUUCCUACUGGGACUUCUUCGAGUUGCAUUGAUACUAGGUGUUAAUCAAACAUGCAAGGAGUCAUUAAUGAGGAGAAUAGGGAUGCAACUGGAACUGGCAACUCUAGAUAGUCUUCUGAUUCCUACUUAUUCUGAUUCUGAUACUUUGUAUAAUAAUGACUGUGUUGAACAGAUUGUCCACCAUUUUAUAUCUUCAGAACCAAGGAUAACAUCAUUUUCUCCUGCAUCUUUGGACCUGGAGACAUCACCAUUAUCUGGACCAUUAAGAAAAGUUGCGAAGUUGAUGGAUAGCUAUAUUGCAGAGGUGGCUUCUGAUGUAAACCUGAAGCCAGGAAAAAUACGUUCUCUUGCAGAGGCCCUUCCAGAAUCGUCAAGAUCUUUGCAUGAUGGGCUGUACAGAGCACUGGAUAUAUAUUUCAAGGCACACCCUUGGCUUUCGGAGAAAGAGAAGGAACAACUCUGUAACAUAAUCGACUACCAGAAACUCUCUAUUGAUGCAUGUGCCCAUGCAUCCCAAAAUGAAAGACUGCCUCUUAGGGUAGUUCUUCAAGUUCUAUUCUUUGAGCAAAUGCAGUUGAGAACCGCACUGGCUGGUUGCCUUCAUGUCAUAGACAAUGAAAAUGCCCCUGCAGGUCCCAUAACCAUCUCAAGUGACAUGGCAGGCCAGAUUGUACAGCGAGAUGGAUGGGUGACUGUUGUUCGAGAAAACCAGGUCUUAAAAGUAGACUUGGAAAGAAUGAGAUCUAGAGUUGGGGAACUUGAAGAAGAGUUUACUAAAAUGAAGCAAGAGAUGAAAAAGGUCAGCAAGACCCAUAGUUCCCUCAAUUCUCCUCGCAUGGUUGCAAGAAGAAUUGGUUGCAAGCUUCUCCCUCGAUCCUCAGAUGCCCAAGCAGAUACUGUUGAUAGUACAGCACCCACUCCAAGAGCAUCAGUUGAGCAGGCCCGUUCUUCCUAUCAUUCUGGGCACCGUAAAACAUUCUCUUUAUUUUAAGUGCUAACCCAAACACCUGAAGUUCAUAUAUCCAAUAUGAGUAGUAUUACUUCAGAAGAGAAGAAAGGGAGGAGGAUAAGUAAACAGAGAUCCCAUCCAAGAUUGUUUUUCAUAGAAUGUCUAUAGAGUGAGAGAGGUUCUUCCCAGAUUGAUUGAAGUAGUCUUCAGUUAUUUUGUAUAGAGCAUCAAUGGAGAAAAUUUUCACCUUCUGAAAGGUUGGGGCCAGCAAUCAGUGAAAAAUGGCUUACAAAGUUGAAGUUAUACUGAAGCCCAUCAUAGAUCUGGAGUAGCAAGGUGUCUGCUCCCCAAAGAGAGAGGUGGGAGUUUUCAUACACAUACAUACAUCAUGUCUCAAAAUGGAUACAUGAAAAAUUAUAUCUGUCAUCAUUAGUUUUUUGCUUAUAUCUGUCAUCAUUAGUUUCUUUUUCUUUUUAUUCUUUCAGGGUCAUACAUGUAAAUCUUUGUAAACCGAGAUGUAAGUUUGUUGAAAUAUUGGGGAAGAUAUCAAGCAAUUUUUUGACUUGCCUUCCUAGACUUGCUCAA